AUGUCAACCGUGAAGAACAUUUCCUUGCCUAAUUCCACCAUAUCAAUAGAUUUAUCCUUAUCGGCAUUGCAUUUUUGGUUCGGUUUUAAUAUUUCCUGCGCAUCCGUAUCGUCAAUAUUGAUCAUAUUGUUGCUGGUGGUGAUUUUUCGUACCGAAAGCUUACGCCAUGGAUCGGGCUUGCUGAUUGCACAUUUGCUGUUUGUCAAUUUUUUGAUCUGUGGUUUCACCCAGCCGACCUAUUUAAUCGGGAUUUUCCUAAAGGUCAACAAUCCUCAGGAACCCAUACAUCUAAAUUGUACUGCCUUCAUGUACAUCCAUCUCAGUUUAUUCCGAACUGAAUGUUUUGCUUCCUUAUCGAUGGCAAUCAACCGAUUCUUUGCGAUUGUCUUACCACACUACUAUCACUGGAUGAUGAAGAAAUCAACGGUGAUUGCGAUAAUCGUCAUGAGUUGGGUGUGUGGAUUUCUUAUUUACAGCCCGACAAUAUUUGGUAUCGGACAGACAUAUGGAAAGUUUCCGCCGUUUUACAGUUGCGGUUCACGGUCAAACGGUGAUUCGGUGCUGCCGCAUUUGGCGGUCUUCGGAACAUACAUUCCGCUAGGGACGCUGGGGUUUUUGUACCUGGUGAUCGCGCUCAGUAUCCUGUGCAACCGCGACGCCAGUCGCAACCAGAGAAUGCAAAAACGGAUCACCAUUGCGAAGAUGCUGUGUAGUUCCUUUGUUUUCUACGUUUGCUGCUUUGUACCGAUGACCGUUGGGGCGUCGUUUUUUCCCUUAGUGGUGUUUCGGCGGCCCGAAGUGUUAAUGUGGCUGGUGGCGUUGCAGAUGCUGGGAUACAGUGGGCAUCCGGUGGUGUUUCUGACGCUAAACAAAGAUUACCGGAAGGCUUGUCGAAACCUCUUUGGAAAGGCACAUAUCGGUCCACAAAAGACCCUUUCGCGAACUCAUCCGUCCCGGGGAGAGACGGCAAUCUAA